AUGUCUGCCCUUUUAACAACUCUCGGCCUCCGUGCUGCCCCUGGCCAGGUACCCGCGAACCACGCGUCAGGCUUCCUGGUGGCCAACUGGGUCUUCGCAUUCUGUUUGAUGAGCACCCGCGGCAAAAAGGUUCGUCUGGGUCUCGAUCACAAUGUCAACCCGCGUGAAGACUUGACUACCUAUGGUGAGGCGGCUGUACGGUCGGGAAAGAUUAGCCGUCGUACCCUCGACAAGCUCAAGCGACAGGAGUCGGCGCAUGCCAAUGCGCAGGAGGGCUAUUCUUUGCUUGUUGCGGCGAUCCUAGUCUCGUUGUACGCCGGUCUCCCUAAUGAGACCAUCAAUGCUGUCGGUGCUUGGUAUUCGGUUUCCCGUGUCGCGUACAGCCUGCUGUACUCGCACAUUGAAUCUCAUCCUUUAAGCUAUCUGCGAUCAGUGGCUUGGUGGUCCGGAAAUCUCAGCUGUAUUUACGCGUUGGUGCAGGCCAGCAAGAAGUUGUAA